AUGUCACAAGGACAAGGCGAGUACGUGGAGGCUCGUCUUCCUCCACCUGAAGUGAAUGCCCCCACAGGAGAAGCUCCAACUCCACCUCCACUUCCACCACCUCGACCACCAAGGCAUACUCCACCUCAAUUACCUAGAUACAGAGCUCAAAUUAGGCAACCCAGCCUGAGGCCGGCUCCGGCAAUACUUUUUGCCAACCCAGUCACAAGGAACAGUUCCACCACCAUCGUGAGGUUCUCUGCAAUACUGCCGAGCGUCCAAUCCCAUCUCAACAUCACUACCCCGACGGCCGUGGCCAUUGGCCCGUACCACCAUGGCUUACCCCGUCUCUCAAGGAUGGAGGCGGCCAAAAAUAGCGCCGUGGCUGACUUCUGUCGGGUGGCAGGCCAAACGCGGGAGGUGGUUCGCGGAAGGAUCGGUGAAUUAGCUGAAACCAUCCGCAAUUGCUACGACAUCGGCGACGAAAAGCUUACAAGUAUCGACGACGGCGAGCUGUCUGAAAUGAUGAUGCUGGACGGCUGCUUCCUGCUUAAAUUCAUGGACAAGGUUGUCCCCAUGUGGCUCAGAGAUGACUUGCCCGUGGCGAGGGAGGACCUAGUGGACACACGCAUGAGCGCCAUUGCGAGGGACAUCCUGCUGUUGGAGAACCAGAUCCCCUGGGUCGUUCCCAAGGUCCUCAUGGAGUACUUGGGCAUGCUCGACAGCAACAAUAUCGUCGGUGACUUCCUGGAUCGCAUGGCGACUGCCUUCCACGUCGGCAAUCGCAUUAGCACCCAGACGUCUCCAGCUCCACGUGGACCUGAAUCACCGAGGAGGACGGGAGAACCUGCUAGGGGUGGGCAUGAGGGGGCUCGAGCCUCGGAAGAAGGAAACGAGCCCCAUCAUUUCCUUGACCUCUUCCAUCGCCAUCAGGUGGGCGAGGCGCGUAUCCAAGGAGCUUGCCUCUACGUACUCCCUUCCCUGGGUAGCAGCGCAGUGGAGCUCGCAGAGAUGGGCGUCAAGCUUACAGCAAUCAAGACUAAGAAAUUUGGGGACAUGGAAAUGAAGAAACACCGUUGGCCCCUUGGCCUCUUCGGUGAGCUCUCCCUGGCGCCGGUGGCCCUGAAUGAACUGACUGCAUGUUGGCUUAUUAACAUGGUAGCGUACGAGGCGUUCCUCGGCGCGACGCAGGCCGACAACUUCGCCGUUAGCUCCUACAUAUUCCUGGUUGCACACCUCAUAAACAGGGAGGAAGAUGUGCGGGAUCUGCGCGCCAGGGGCAUAAUCAGCAGUGCCAUGUCCGACGGGGAAACACUCCACUUCUUCAAGUCGGCUGCCCCAAGCCUGCGCAUCGGCGACCGCUACAUUCAAAUCUCCAAAAGAAUCCACGAGUACAAGCAGGAGAGGUGGAUAUGGAUCGCCAUCCACCGCUUCUUAUACGACAACAUCAAGGUCAUUGUUGCCGUGGUCUCGGUUGUCGGCGUGCUCGCUGGACUCUUCAAAACAAUGCUUUCUCUCAGGCAGCCACAGCGGUAA